AAAAAGAAAAAAGUGUGGUCACUUGAACAUGGUACAUAUCUAAAAUACGUCGACGGGUCAAGGGUCGUGUUUGAUUAAAAACCGUGCUGCUGGCUGAAAGCUUUAUCCUUUCGUCUUUGACUUUCCUUACUUUGGCCAGUGGAUGGCGCCAAAAUAUCAUGCAGCAAAGUGGAUGCAAUCAACCCACGUGUAGUCAUUUCCUACAAGGGGGUGGCCUAAUCGACAAUUUGGAACAUCUAUUUUGAGGUGUUUAUAAACUAUGGACGAAUUACACGCGGACCUCAGAGCUUUUCUCCUUAACCACCCCUUUCUUCAGCUUACGGAUAGCAAAAAGAUCAAAUGCACUCUGAAUGGCCAUGAGUUUCCGUGCAACCUGGCGGAGAUACAGAAGUUCACUCAGGGGAAGAAAUACGAGAAACUGAGUGCUGCAGCAGACUUUAACUACAGCCAGUACGAACCACACGUUGUGCCCAGCACGAAACAACCUAAUCAGCUCUUCUGUAAGCUGACCCUCAGGCACCUCAACCGGCAGCCGCAUCACGUCCUGAGACAUGUUAACGGGAAACGCUUCAAGAAAGCCCUCUGCAAAUAUGAAGAGUGUGUGCAGAAGGGGAUUGAAUUCACUCCAGCCAGACUCACACAGAAAAAGCCCAGAGACACCGGAGAAGAAGUUAACGAGGGGAAGGCCUCGAAACACAGGAACAGCUUGUGGGAACCUUCAUGCAGCGAUGAGGAUCACAGCGACUCAGAGGACAGCAUGAGUGACCUCUACCCUCCCUCCUUAUUCACUUUAAAAAACCUGGCAGAAGAAAGUGUGGAGGGUGAUGGGGAUGAGGAGGAAGAUGACUUCCAAACAGAUGAAGAUGAGGAAAUGGAGGUGGAUAAGCAGGUGCAGCAGAAACGCAAGAAGGUCCAAGGUGGUGGUUUUCAAAAGAAAUUCAGAAAUAACCACUGGAAAUCAGGGCGCAAGAGACGUGGAAAAGUGCAGAGUGGGAAGUAAAAUGCAAAACCUAUAUGUAUAGUAUUUUUAUACCUGCUAAUUUCUCAGGGGGGCAGCACUGCACUUCCAGUUUAGAGUAGUCUUCCUGUGUCUGAGACAGACUGAUAUUUCCAAAAGUGAACAAAUCUGCUCAGUUUUUCUCAUUUUCUGCAUCUGAAAGGUUGUCUGUUUCCCAGCUUGUCAUGUGCACAGUCCCAGCAAGGUGGACAAGUUGUAUUUUCUGGUUUCCUACCAAGAGGGCUAAUAUAAAAUACAACUCGGUUUGGAUUUGCAAA